CGUAGUCGCCGUAGUACGGUAGUACUACAUCGCUCUCUCCACAUUGUUUCGGUUGCUCUUUCUCGAUCUCGCAUCUGCUAUCAGUUAAUCGACGAGUUAACGGUGCAAUCGUUCUGUCGUGCUCGUCACUACUACCAAUUUGCAGUCCGUUCGCCGCCUUUGAUCCUCCGGCAGCGUAGUGUCGACGUGCGACGGAGAGCUACGCAUCGCAUCGCCGACAACGAACAUGACACUCUACCGGUCACUUGGUCGUGUCCUGCUGCUGUCUUCGAGGAGACGUCUGGGAGACCUCCGCUGCAACUCCCUGAGAACCAUGGGCGACUCCCAAAACUACUCUUAUGAGACGCUGCUCGUUUCCAAGCCUGCUGAGAACGUCUUUCAGGUCGAGAUGAACAGACCCGACAAACUGAACGCCAUGAAUGCGGCCUUCUGGGCGGAACUUCCGGCAUGCUUUCAGCAGCUACAGAAUGACCAGAACUGCCGUGUCGUCAUUGUCAGUGGUUCCGGAAGAAUCUUCACGGCUGGUCUGGACCUGGCUUGCAUGGCAAGCACAUUUGCGGCACAGUCGUCCGGCGACGAGGAACCCGAUGUGGCCAGGAAGGCACGGCACCUCCACGGGCUGAUCACCAAGUAUCAAGAGACCUUCACUUCCAUAGAAAAGUGUACCAAGCCCGUGAUUGCAGCCGUUCACAAUGCUUGCAUCGGUGGCGGAGUCGACAUGAUCACGGCUUGCGACAUCCGCUACUGCACCAGCGACGCCUAUUUUCAAGUCAAGGAAGUCGACCUUGGCUUGGCUGCGGAUGUGGGCACGCUGCAGAGGCUUCCGCGCGUCAUUGGCAAUGCCAGCCUUGUCAACGAGCUCGUCUUCACGGCUCGCAAGAUGGAGGCUGCGGAGGCUCACCAGGCGGGUCUGGUGAGCCGAGUGUUUCCGGACAAGGCCCAGAUGAUGGCUGCGGCUCUGGAUUUGGCCAAGCAGAUUGCUUCCAAGAGUCCAGUGGCCGUACAGGGCAGCAAAGUGCACCUCGUCUACUCCAGGGACCACGGCGUCGACGAGGGUCUUCGCUACAUGGCAUGCUGGAAUAUGUGUAUGCUGCAAUCAGAGGACCUGAUGAAGUCUGCCAUGGCACUGAUGGCCAAGGAAAAAGAACCACCCAAGUUUUCCAAUUUGUGAAAUGGUUAAUGUGAUAUUGUUAUGUAUGAUAUUUUUUUUACGUCCAGAAUGUGCCUUACAAAGCAUUUUAGGGGGUUUCCUACGUUUGCGUCACAAGAAAAAUGUUUUAUAAACCAA